UCUCCUCCUCCCGCCUCCUCGAAGUGAGCGACAGGCGCCCUAGCCAAUCCCGCCUCUGCUCUUACCGGCGAGUGGCGGCCGCUGUGGCCAAUCACGAGCUGCCGUGGGGCGUCUCUGGGCAGCGGGGGGCGGUGCCCGCGCUCGGCGGAAGGGCGCCGAGGUGGGAGCAGCGGCGGAAGUAACGGUUUGUCAUGGCAACUGCCGGGCGCGGGGUGGCGGCGCUUCCCGGCGGCUCUUCCCUCUGGGUGCCCGGGGCUCUUUUUUGUUGAAGACAACAUAUGCCAAGUUGUGACAGGAGAACAAAACCCCAAGUUGUGAUUUUUCAGUGAAGUCACAAGCAAGGUUCCUCGUAUUCCUGCACCGGUUAUAUCGCCCUUUGGCUGAGGUAGUCAAAUUCUGUCCCUUCCGGCCUGGGUGGCAAACAAUCCAUCUACUGCACUGGACAACAAAUCGAUCACUAUGAAGGCCUUGUAUUGUCAGCAGAAAUCACCUGGAGAGGAAAUGACAUUUGUCUUCCAGGAAAGAGAAAACCUUCCUCCUACAAGAGACAAUGAUGUGAAGGUACAAGUUAGAGCCUGUGCACUGAGCUGGAUAGAUACAAAGCUUCUGUCAGAAAUUAAACUGGAAAAGGAGCUUCUACCUGUUGGUCGAGAAAUUUCUGGAGUUGUAUUGGAAGUUGGAAGAAAGGUAACCUUUUUUCAGCCAGAUGAUGAAGUGGUGGGAAUUUUGCCCCUGGAUUCCGAGGAGUCUGGUCUUUGUGAAGUUGUUCUAGUUCAUGAGCAUUAUUUGGUUCGUAAACCAGAAAAAGUUUGUUGGGUUGAAGCAGCCGGGACUGUUCGUGAUGGUGUCCGAGCAUACACAGCUUUACACUACCUUUCCCACGUCUCUCCUGGAAAAACUGUCCUUGUAAUGGAUGGAGGAAGUCCGUUCGGUACAAUAGCUAUUCAGUUAGCACAACACAGAGGAGCUAAAGUAAUCUCUACUGCGUACAGUCUUGAAGACAAGCAGUACCUGGAGAGGCUUAGACUUCCUGUGGAAGGUAUACGGCAGCCUUUAGUGGCUCGAGUCAUCGAUGUGUCCAAUGGAAAGAUAGAUGUGGCAGAAAGCUGCUUGGAAGAAACUGGUGGCCUGGGAGUGGAUAUUGUUCUAGAUGCUGGAGUGAAAUUAUAUAAUGCUGAAGAUGAAUCAGCUUCAAAAUCACAGCUGCUGCCUCACAAGCAUGAUAUCAUUACUCUUCUUGCUGUUGGGGGACACUGGAUAACAACAGAAAAAAAUCUUCAGCUGGAUCCUCCAGAUAGCCGUUCCUUGUUUCUUAAAGGAGCCACAGUCUCCUUUCUGAAUGAUGAGAUAUGGAACUUGUCCAAUGUACAGCAAGGGAAGUACCUCUAUACCCAUCUUAGAAGAUAUAAUGGAGAAAUUAUCAAGUAGCAUUUUCAGGCCUCAGCUGGAUGAACCGAUUCCAUUGUAUGAAGCCAAAGUUUCUAUGGAAAUAGUUCAGAAGAAUGAAGCAAGAAAAAGACAAGUCAUCCAGUUCUGACAGGGAAUUUCCUGAUUUCUAAGCCUGUGGAAGAUGAAGAAAUGUGAUGUAUUUGAGAAAUAAAUUAGUGUACACUUUCAAAUAAUUCUGUAAGCAGAAUUUAAAGAUCUUUUGUACCUCAGCACAAAUGGUCUGUGAAGGUCCUGUGACUUCAUGGGUUUUUUUGAUUCAGUCGAGCAGAAUGUUCCCAUGAGCAACUUCUGAAGAGGCAGUCUUGACACACAAAUUUUGUCUGCCCUGGCCCAAUUACAAAUGUUAGUAACAUCUACAGGCAAACUCAAUUGUUUUUCAACCAUAAGAAAUUAAAGGGAAAAAAAAACUAAAAAACUGGUGGUUUUAUUAGUCCUUCCUUAUCCAGCCCCUACGUCUGUAUUUACCUUUUGCUUUUGACUGCAUUGAGACUGAGUGCUCUCAGUGGUACAUUUAGUAUUUAAUCCACAUUUAAAAUUGAUAUUUAAUUGAAAUCAGAAUUGGCAAGGAAGCUUGAGGGGAAGGAUAUGAAUCUGACAGUAUGAGUUCCCCCCACAGCUGAUUUUCUUAAUUUUGGCAACCAGGCAGUAAACCAAGUGAAUCUAGAGUCCAUAAGCUGAUACGAUUGUGUCAUUCAGAUGUUUGAGGCACUUUAUGUAUCUUGUUACUGUAAUGUUAUCUUUGAUAUCUUUCCAGUAAGACCCUCUUGUGCUGUGCACUUUCAUUUCCCCUCUUUUUACCUCAGUCCUAUGCCUAGCACAGCUCAUAUCUGUUUAUCCAACAUCUUCCAUUACCGUGCAGUGGGGAAGGAACUGCUGGUUUUAUUUCUUCAAAGCACGUGGCUUCCUACUUACUCAUAUUUGAGAGCAAAAAUAUUUUUUUCUCUUCAACUGUGCUAUUCAUUUUCACUGUGUGGAUGGCUCAAACAGCAGACACUAGCACUUUAAACCAGUGUAAGACAUUGGAACAUUUGAGUGAAAAUAGAUUAUCUAGAACCACGAUCAGUCUAUCUUCUGUCAUUCAACGGACUUGUAGUAGGUUCUUGAUAAAAGAUGUAAGGGAAGCACAUAAAAGCCUG